UUCAAACUCCUCACAAACCCUAACCGCCAUUCCUCUCAUUUCUUCAAUCACUCUCAAAAGCUAGGGUUUCAACAGCAUGGCGGCAGCUCCACCAAACUCCGUGCAAUGCUUCGGCCGGAAGAAGACGGCGGUGGCGGUGACACACUGCAAGGCCGGCCGCGGCCUCAUCAAGAUCAACGGCGUUCCGAUCGAGCUCGUUCAGCCGGAGAUCCUCCGCUACAAAGCCUUCGAACCGAUCCUUCUUCUCGGUCGCCACAAGUUCGCCGGCGUCGACAUGAGGAUCCGCGUUAAAGGCGGAGGUCACACCUCUCAGAUCUACGCCAUCCGUCAGAGUAUCUCCAAAGCGCUUGUUGCGUACUACCAGAAGUUUGUUGAUGAAGAACAGAAGAAGGAGAUUAAGGAUAUUUUGGUGAGGUAUGAUCGGACUCUGCUUGUUGCUGAUCCGAGAAGGUGCGAGCCGAAGAAGUUUGGAGGUCGUGGUGCUCGUGCUAGGUUCCAGAAGUCCUACCGUUAAACACAGAGUAUUCUUAUUGUUCUUCGUUGAACUGUUUUUUAUUUUCUUUUGUUGCGUUUGAAAGAGUAAGUUGCGACUUGAUUAUGAUGUUUAAUUUUGGUUGAAUGUUGUUUUGGUUCUCUAUGGAGACAUAUUUUGGUUUCAUAUGAGUUCUGGUAGUUUAAAGUUGGUUAUGUUUAA